AUGUCCUUGUUAUUCGAGAAACACGCCAAAUACUUUGAACUAUGUUCCCAUUCUCUUCCAUCGAAAGCACAGUCUGAGGAUGCAAACAAAUUGACACUCGUUUACUUUGUCCUUCAUGGAUUGGGUUUGAUAGGGCAAUUGAACAGAAUUGGAGAUACCACUCAACAUAUCGCAGACAUUUACAAACAAUUGAUUCCUCUUCAAAAUAAGGAGAUGUUGGCAUUUCGGUCCAGCCAAACGUUUGCGCUCGAUCCCGGGCACAAUGACUACGACCUCCCAAAUCUCUCAGCCACAUUUCUUGCAUUGGCGAUACUCUUACUGUUGAAGGAAGACUACUCCAAGACUUUGGAUCGUCACAAAAUCAUGCGUUUUGUUAGCCAAUGUCAAGUCAAGUCCGGCCCAGAUAAAGGAUCUUUUUGUCCUGUUUUAGAUACCGACGGUAAUCCGUGGGGUGAGACAGAUCUAAGAAUUUGUUACAUGGCUACGCUGAUUCGUAAGUUAGUGGGCUAUGAUCUUUUACCAUCCUCAGAAAGAAAAAAUGAUAUCAAUUUGGAUGAAUUGAGGAAAUUCAUCCUUGACAAAGUAAAUUACAACGGAGGGUUAUCUUCUCGUUCGCACACAGAGUCACAUUCGGGUCUCACGUUUUGUGGAAUAGCUGCUCUAAAAUUAAUUGGUCAUAACUUCUCUGGCCAUGAAGACUGGGUUGAACUCACCAAGAAAUGGUUGGUUCAUCGACAAGUGGAUUAUCCGGAAUGCUUAUAUGAUGAACAAGAGUAUGAGUACUAUGACCAUGAAGAUAUUGGAGGAUUUAAUGGGCGGGAAAAUAAAUUUGCUGACACGUGCUACUCUUGGUGGGUAGUUGGUCUGUUAAAGCUAAUCGACACUGAUGGAGUGGGUUUAAUAAAUGGAGAUAUGGUGGUGGAUUAUCUUUUGAACCACACGCAGCACAAACUAAUAGGCGGCUUUGGAAAAGAUACAGAGGCCUUCCCAGACCCUUUCCAUUCAUUUUUGGCGAUGGCAAGCCUCUCGCUCAUCAAAUAUAAUAGCAAUGUCACUUUCAGUGGUGACCAAGAGCUAGCGGAAAUAGAUCCUGAGCUAAUCAUCACCAUGGAUGCAAGGCGCUUUUUAGACCGUAUUUGGUCAUGA